UCUGCAGAUGUCAAUUUUGUCAAAUAAUGUAAAUAUGUUACAUUAAUUUAUUCUAAACAAACCAAUAAUGUUACCAAUAAAAAUCAACGUUCUUGAAACGUCCAAAUAAAUAUUAUGGAAGUGACGGCAACACACUAAUGCUCGAAUACAUUUUACUCAUCUUCUUAAUAACUUGUAUACUAUAUGCAUAUUCAAGAGAUGACCGACUGUUCGCGAACACGGCUGCGGGCCUACAGGAGGUAUGGUGCAACACAUGCCGGCUACGCUGCCGGCGCCUGCGCAAGCAGGUGUAUACAGUGGUGACAGGGGGCGAAGGGGGCGCGGAAGGCGGCGAGGACCCCGGCAGUAGCCACCCUGUCGCCCUACACCAGAGCUGCGUCUGCGAGUCCUGUCCCUGCGCGGUUGUUGAAACUGUCAUAGAUACCUGCAAGCCCAUUACAAGAACAUACGCCUUCGUGGUGGCUGUGAUUUUUCAAGCUUACUACGAUUUUAUAGAAAUGACGGUCGAUAUGUAUGACAGAUUUCUGUACAUUUUGAUGCAAAAUCAAGAGACAGGCAGAACGUUGCAGCUCACCGCACCCAUCGAUCCAAAAAUUAAAAUCAGGAAUAAGCCGAUAUCUAAACAAGAGGUGUCAAUGCGGAGAGACGAUGACAGAACAGAGCCAAGAACCAGCGCUGGGAAUGACAGAGAUGACGCUGAUAGGUCCGAGUACGACAAUAUCCCGGGCACCGAUUGCCCCGCCUGCGCCGAGAAAGGUCUGACCUGUAUCGGCAGAUGUCCUGCAGAACGUUCUAGAAGAGAAUAAACGAAUUUUCAACUG